AUGGAUCAUGGUGGCGGAGGUGGCGGUGGCGGCAGGAGUAGCAGCCGCCUCAGGGACCGGCUCGCCCGGAUGUUCCGUCCGGGCUCGCUGCUCCGCUCGACCUGCAACAACAACACCGCAUCGACCUCCUCUUCCUCCUCGUGCUCCGCCGCGGUGGGCGCGGCAGCCGACGGGGUGACUGCGUCCAAGCCGCCCCCGAGCUCCGCCUGCUCCUCCAGCCGCGCGCUCUUGGCCGCCGACUCCGCCAUCUCCCGCGACAGGGACUCGUUCCUCACCUCUUCUCGCCGCGACUACGCCACUGUCGUCGGCCGCACCGAGUCCUUCUCCAACGCACUCGACCGCGUGCACCGCCGUGCCGGCGCCGCGGUGCAAUCUCUGCCACCUCCGGCUCGCUUCUCUAUGCACGCGUCGCCUCUGAUGGAGAGCAAGAAAAAGAGCCCUCUCCACGGUCAUGGGCACCACCGCCACCGCCUCGGUGGCCGGGUCAAGGGCGACAGGAGCAAGAAGCUGCUCUCCAACAACCCCUAUGGCUUCAGCACCUCGGACACUGACGGCGACGACGUUUUCAGCAGCGACGCUGACGAGCGCGACCGCAGCGACGCCAAGAAGGGGGACGCGGAGGCCUUCUUCUCCUCCUCCAGAAGCUUCUCCUUCUCCUCCGACUCCUCCGAGUUCUACAGCAAGAAGAAGAAACUAAAGAAGAAGUCACCUGCGGCAGUGGCGCCGAAGCCGCCGCCGCCGCCGAGAGCGAGGGCGAGGGGGCAGAGGCGCAAGAAUCGCGUGGCGAGCAGCUGCGACACGUGCGGCGUGAAGGAAGGGUUCCGGCCGGUGGUGUCGGCGGCGGAGGAGCAGGUGCGCAGGGGGUUCGCGGUGGUGCAGCGGUCGCGGGACCCCUACGCCGACUUCCGGGCGUCGAUGGUGGAUAUGGUCGUGAGCCGGCAGAUGUUCGGCGCGGCGGAGCUGGAGCGGCUGCUGCGGUCGUACCUCUCGCUCAACGCGCCGCGCCACCACCCGGUCAUCCUCCAGGCCUUCUCGGACAUCUGGGUCAUCCUCCACGGCGGCUAG